AUGGCGCCUCAGGACGAUAUGACUGUGGUGGAGCUGGAGGAGCAUUUCGGAGAGAAGAAAGGGGGCGAUCUCGACGCGCCUGUGCCCGGCAGGAAGACGCGUGUAACCGCUGCUUGCAGCUGCAUUCUAGGCAAUGAGAUCUGCGAGCGCCUGGCCUACUACGGGCUGCAGACCAACAUGGGGCUGUACUUGAAGCAGUACAUGGGCUACCCCGCGGACACCGCCAGCCAGCUGCUGCAGGCCUGGAAGGGCACAGUAUACCUGACACCCCUUCUCGGCGCCUUCCUGGCAGAUUCAUACCUGGGCAGGCACGUGGCACGCUGUGCCACAGGCGGGGGCCGCACACUGCCAGGCCCCAAGGGGGAAUACCUGAUCGGGAUGGGCGGUGUCACGGCCGUCAACCUCAUCCCCAGCAUGAGGCCAAACUACCAGGCGGCCCCGGCCAGCGGCGACUUUGGCCCCACGCGCGGCAUGUUCUGGGCGUUCCUGUACCUGGUGGCGCUGGGGUCUGGCGGCAUCAAGCCCUGCGUCAGCAGCUUCGGGGGGGACCAGGUGCGCGGGGCGGGGCAGGCCAAGUUUCGCGAGGACAGCAAGCGCGAGCGCGGCUGGCGGAGUUCCUUCUUCAACUGGUUUUACUUUGCAAUCAACAUUGGGUCGCUGGUGGCCACCCUGGUGGUGGUGCCGGUGCAGGAGAGCAAGGGCUACGGCAUCGGAUUUGGCAUCCCCACGGCCGCCAUGGGCGCUGCCAUCCUGGUCUUUGUCUUUGGCGCUCUCAUCAAGAUAUACACCUUUGUUCCGCCAGAGGGGUCCCCCUUCUUCCGCAUCUGGAAAGUUCUGAGGGGCGCCUGGAUCAACCGCAAGCUGACAGCACCCGCUGAUGUGGCGGAGCUCUACGAGCCCGCGGCCGGCGAGAAGUCCAACGUGAAGUUCAGGAUGGCCCACACCAAGCGCAUGGCCGCCCUGGACAAGGCCGCCAUCCGCAGCCCUGCAGCUGGGGCCGCUGCGGCUGGCGGGCGCCGGGGCUACCAGGUCAGCCUGACAGAAGUGGAGGAGACCAAGUCCUUCAUGAGCCUCAUGCCCGUGUUCCUGACAGUCAUCAUCUGGCAGAUGGCGUACGACCCCAUCUUCAGCCUGCUGCCCUACCCCGGUGACGUCAUGGACCGCCGCCUGGGCAACUCCAACUUCAAGAUACCCGCCUCCUCCAUUUCCUUUGCCAACACCUUUGGCGUGCUGCUCACCAUCCCGCU